AUGGAGAGCUCAGUGAGCCAAAAAGAAACCCACCAACAGGCACCAGGUUGGAAAAGAUUUUUUGCUCAUGUUGGCCCAGGUUUCCUUGUCUCAUUGGCCUACCUUGAUCUUGGAAAUUUUGAGACUGAUCUGCAAGCUGGAGCAAACCACAGAUACGAACUCUUAUGGGUGAUACUAAUCGGUCUGAUUUUUGCACUCAUUAUCCAAUCAUUGUCAGCAAAUCUAGGAGUGACUACAGGAAAGCACCUGGCUAAAUUGUGCAAAGCAGAAUACCCUACAUUUAUAAAGUAUUGCCUCUGGUUGGUGGCAGAGCUAGCGGUGAUUGCUGCUGAUAUACCUGAAGUGAUAGGAUCAGCCUUCGCUCUCAACAUCUUGUUCCAUAUUCCAGUUUGGACAGGAGUGCUUUUGACCGGAUUGAGCACCCUUAUACUGCUUGGAUUACAAAAAUAUGGGAUGAGAAAGCUUGAACUAUUGAUCUCAAUUCUAGUGUUUUUGAUGGCCGCCUGUUACUUUGGGGAGUUGGUCUACGUGAAGCCACGUGCAACAGAGGUGAUGAAGGGUCUGUUUAUUCCAAGAUUGCAGGGAGAUAGUGCAACCGGAGAUGCCAUUUCUCUCCUGGGCGCGCUUGUCAUGUCGCACAAUUUGUUUCUACAUUCAGCACUGGUGCUCUCAAGGAAGACGCCACCUUCCGCCAAAGGAAUCAACGAUGCCUGUAGAUAUUUUUUGCUGGAGAGUGGCUUAGCUUUGUUCGUGGCGUUGCUCAUCAACAUCACAGUAGUCUCAGUCUCCGGAACUGUGUGCGCUACCACUGAUCUCUCAGCUGAAGACUCUGAUAGAUGUAGUGAUUUGACCUUGAACUCUGCGUCUUUCUUGCUCAAGAAUGUGCUAGGCAAAUCAAGCUCCAUCCUCUAUGGAAUUUCUUUAUUGGCCUCCGGCCAAAGCUCUAGAAUCACAGGCACAUACGCUGGCCAAUAUAUCAUGCAGGGUUUUCUGGAAAUCAAAAUAAGAAUAUGGUUGCGAGACCUUAUAACAAGAUGCAUUGCAAUCUGUCCCAGUCUUAUCGUAGCCAUUAUCGGAGGAACAACAGGAUCAGGGAGGCUUAUAAUCAUAGCAUCGAUGAUUCUCUCCUUCGAACUGCCCUUUGCCCUCAUCCCUCUCCUCAAGUUCAGCAGCAGCAGCGUCAAGAUGGGGCCUCACAAGAACUCCAUCUACAUAAUUGUGGUCUCAUGGGUGCUUGGCUUGGGCGUGAUUGGGAUCAACAUCUACUACUUGAGCACGAGCUUCAUCACUUGGAUCAUCCACAGCAGCUUCCCGAAGCCUGUGACUGUUUUGAUUGGGGUCAUUGUCUUCCCUGCGAUGGCAUUUUAUGUGAUCUCUUUGAUCUACUUGAUGUUUAGAAAGGACAGGACGGUGACCUUUGACGAGAAGUUGGAGGUUUCGGUGGAACAAGGAGGGCAUGAAGUCAGAGACUGACAUGCAGGUAGGGGUUAUCCUGAGCUAUAUAGCCUAGUCCAAAUUUUUUAUUUAUGUUGUUGUGCAUUAUUGGAUUGUAAAGU